CCAGGGCUCUUUCUAAAGCUUUUAUGACCACUUUACUUUUGGGAGUGACCUUGGCAUCCUUUAAUACUUUCUCAUGGGUUCUCAGAAGCUAAGAACUUACUUGUACAUGGUUUUUAUCAUUAGUUGUAGAUAAGUGAAUCUCAAAAUAGGAAGUGAUUUAUUUUCCCUGUUCAUUUUAUGUGGCAGAAAAUUUUAAAGGAGCAGAGGGAUGAGAAGUUUCUACGUAAGCUGUUUGCACAAGCUGGCGCCUUAACCCAGAGUUUUGAGCUUGGUCUUAGACAGAAUGCAGGGCAGUGUGUUCCUGGUAGGAGAGGUGAAGGGCAGGCAGUUGAAAGACUUGGGUUCUCAAUCUAACUGUAUCACAGACCUACUGUGAACCCUGACAGUUAUUUAGCCUUUCUCAGUUUUCAGUUUCUCCAACUUUCAAAUGAGCUUCAUGUUAUCUGUUCUGCUUGCCCACCAGGGUUAUUGUGAGAAUAAAAUAAGGCAAUAGACAUGAAAAAGCUUUGGAAAUUUAAAAAUGGUUACAGAAAUGUGCUGUUUGUUAUAUGUCUGUUACAAGAUUCACUGAUACAGGUCUAUGGAUUAUAAAUGAUUUUGUCCAAGGCUUGAUACUUUGCUGCUGUCUUGCUAGCUGUCUCUACGUAACUCUUUUAUGUAGCAGUGAUUCUAGUCUAGGAUCUAGUUAAUCUUGCUCUUUUUCAGAUUCUCUGAUACCUGUAUUUUUUUUGCUAUUUGACUAUUAGAGUGAACUUUGGUGGUGUUUUUGAGUUAUUUGAAUAGGAUGGAUUUGUUGGAGCAGUGGUUCUCAAAUUUGGGUAUCUGCUGGAGUUGGUGGCUGAAUCCCACCUCCCAGAGAUUCUGAUUUAAUUGGAAUGGGGUGCAGUUUAGUUCUGGGAUUUUUAAAAUCUCCGUAGGUGAAUCUAAUGCACAGCAAAGUUUGAGACCCACUGUUAGACAUAGCCAUGAGCAAAACUGUAUAGCAUUGUGCUGCACGAGGCCAAGGGUAAGUGGCAGACACUUCUUGGCUCAGUGUGAACUUCUCUGGCCCUGCCCUCUUCCCAGGGGCAUAAUACCUGCCCGCUGGCUAUGGGGCAGCUUCCUGCCACUGAAUUUCACUCUUGCCCUGAAAUCUAAAUGCAAUAGCAGAAAGAUGAGAACCCAAAAUGACAGGACAGGGAUUGGGCUCGUAAGAGGAGGGGAAGCUAUUGGAGAUUUCAGGGUUCUUUGGUGAACUCAGAAGUAUCCAUACCCCUUUUAUUUUGACUACAUACUCCUGAUACUAACAUUUCCCAUAAAUUAAAAAUGAAAACUGAAAAUAAUCUAGCAAUAUGUUGCUCAAGAGCCAGAACAAUCUUUUUUUUUUUUUUUUUUUUUUUGGCCAUGCUGUACAGCUUGUGGGAUCGUAGUUCCCCAACCAGGAAUUGAACCUGGGUCCCCAGCAUUGAAAGUUCAGAGUCCUAACCACUGGACUGCUGGGGAAUUCCCUGGAGCAAUCUAUUUGGAGGGCCUUUGGCUGAACCCCGCUGGUCUAUCUGCUCUUUCUUCCUUUCUUUCUUCAUGGCGAACUUUAACCAGGAGCCUCUGUAAAUCAAAUACCCACUCUGGUUUCUGCUUGAAAGUGUUCAACUAUUUAGAACACUUAACCAUCCACUUACCUCCUUCUCCAUUUUUCCAAGGUUUUGAUACACAGUUCAAAAGAAGAAGAACAGGAGUCUGUUAAGUACCCACCUCCUUAAUGUUUUCCCACCAGAGGGUGUCCCUGUGGUGGAGAUGGCGUUGUUCAGCUUUGGUGCAUUUGUGCUCCUUGGCUAUGGGCCUGAGGUUGGCGGGGGCAUAGCUUAUCUCUUCUUGCGGAAACUCUGGGUUGCCCCUCAGCUUGGCACAGGGUCAAGUCUAGCUAAUUAGAGUUGUUUAUAGCAUCUGCUAAUUAUUCCUGGAUACCUUUGCAUAAUGACUUAGCUUAUCUUUUUCUUUUGUAAUAAAUGAGGCUUUGACCUUUCUUGAAAUCCAAGCUUUUUAGAGCCUUUCUGUCAGAGGGGUGAUCUUAAGUUGCAGAUACACGUUAAUUCAGCCACCUCUACUCUGUAGGCUGAGAUCCUUUACUGGGUGGAUGUAGGAUCACAGUGCUCUAAUGCGAAGUUCUCUUGUCUUUUCCAACUUCGGAGUGCUAUCCUGUUUCUGUUGGGAGAUGGUGAAGAUAGUGGGGAGGUUUAGUCACUUUUCAUAUAAAAUAUCAUAUACAGUUGAAUGGCUCAAUCUGUUUAAUUUUACGACACAAACACUUAGCAAGUCUUAGAUCUUGGUUUUGCCCCUUAGCCUUGUGUCACGUGCGUUUGUGUUUUCCGAGUCUGUAGACUGUGGAUGAGGGCCUGAGGGCUUCGCGUUUCAUGCUCCUCAUUGAUUCCAGGGUCUUUUUCACUUUAGCCUUGUUUCCUGAGAGACUGGGAGUUGCAGGUACACUUCAGAAUCCAUGGACAAGGGAAGAAGAACCUGCACGGGGAUGGCUUGGCGAUCUGGUACACGAAGGAUCGGAUGCAGCCAGGCCCAGAAGAGGCGAUAUUCUCCAGGAGUCCAGCGGGUUUUCCCCUACGUCUCAGCCAUGGUGAACAAUGGCUCCCUCCGCUACGAUCACGAGCGUGAUGGGCGGCCUACAGAGCUGGGGGGCUGUACGGCCAUCGUCCGGAAUCUCCAUUAUGACACCUUCCUCGUGAUUCGCUACGUCAAGAGGCAUUUGACGAUAAUGAUGGACAUCGAUGGCAAGCAUGAGUGGAGGGACUGCAUAGAGGUGCCUGGCGUCCGCCUGCCCCGCGGAUACUACUUCGGCACCUCCUCUAUCACUGGGGAUCUCUCGGAUAACCAUGACAUCAUUUCCCUGAAGCUGUUUGAGCUGACGGUGGAGAGAACCCCAGAAGAGGAAAAGCUGCAUCGAGAUGUGUUCCUGCCUUCGGUGGACAACAUGAAGCUGCCCGAGAUGACAGCCCCGCUGCCGCCCCUGAGUGGCCUGGCCCUCUUUCUCAUCGUUUUUUUCUCUUUGGUGUUUUCCGUGUUUGCCAUCGUCAUUGGGAUCAUACUCUACAACAAAUGGCAGGAUCAGAGUCGAAAGCGCUUCUACUGAGCCAUCCUGCAACCACGACCUCUGUGACUCACUCAGGAGUUGUGGGAGGAGCAGGCACUGGCCUGAGCACACAGCGAGCCGGGUCUCCUCUCAUCUCCAGCAGCUGGUCAGGGACUCGGUUCUGUCACUGGAGCUUUGAGUGCAGGGACGCUGUGUUCCCAUGGUCACCCAUGAGGACGUCUAACUCUGGAUCAGGAAGCCCACCCCCCGGGGCAAUGCCACUGUGAUGUGCCUUUCCCUGCAGUCCUGCCACUUGGGAGCGAAGAGGGAUGGAGAGAACAGAGGCUGUCAUGAUGCCAAAACCACCAGAAAGAGUUUCAUAGCCCAGGCUGCCUUGUUGUUGGGCUCAGAGGACCCUUGUACUUCAUUCUUGAACCCGCAAAGACUAGAAAACUGAUAACUCUUCAUACCUUCCAGCCAUCCAUCCACUGGUUUUUGCUUUUUGUCUAAGCCUCUGUCUACCUGAGCAGCUUUCCUUGGAAAUCUGGUUGGAAACUUAUUCCCUGCCUCGCCUUCCUCCCUCCAUUCAUUGUCCUCUGCAGAUGCAACCUGAGCUGGAAAAGACAUCUGGCUGCCUCUCAGCUGGGGCCUGGGGCUGCAGAACAAACUUGGGUUUUACUGACCCUCGUUAGGUGGCUGUAGGGAGGGGGCAUUCUGCUGGGGCUCGCUGCUCUAGCCUUUGUUCUUGUGGGUGGUUAUUGGUUCUGUUGGUGUGUUCGUGACCCUCCCAGUUAGGUCCCUUUAGGUCCUCAGUGAGAUUUGGCUGAAAGCUGGUGUGCAAGUCACGAGGAGCUUGGGAGACAUCACGGGUGCAGUGGGACUAACCGUGAAAUUGACUGCUCCACGUUUUGACACCAAAAGCAAUAUCUGCCACAGGAUCUGACCAUGUGGAGAUGUUUCUGGACUCUCUGGAGCCUGCUUAGCUGCAUGUUUUGUGUUCAUAAUUUUUGGAAUCUUAUUUAGAGUGUUCAAAAUGUAAGGAAAGUUUCUUCUUAUAGCCUCAGCUUGGAUGCUCCCCAGAGAUGAAAUAUGGCUUCUCUUUCUUAAGGAAUAAGAAACGGUUGUUGUAAAUGUGGAAGCGAUAGACCCCUGUCACCUGUGCCUGGAAGAGCUGUUUGAGCAGCAGAGCCUGAGCGUCCUCUGUGGGGCAGCCCUGAUUCCAUUGCCUUAUCUGACGAGGGGUCACGUGCUGCUCACCUGUCUGUCCUGUGAUUCCAUUGCUCGCAGGCCAGAGUCUCCCUGGAGGGCCUGAACGCUGAGCUCUCGUAGCCCUGUGCUUCUGUAGCUUGACAGAAAGUCUUAACAUGGCUGAUGGAAACCAAA